GCGAGGUUCGAUCCUGCGGCGCUUGACACCCGCAGAAACCGUUCCAGGCUCUCCUCCCCAGCUCCCGCUUCGUCCCCGCCCCUUUCGAGGAGACUCGACACCCCCCUACCCCCCACCCCUCCUCUAGCUACCGACCUUAAGACCCAGCCUCGCCGGUCCUCUGGCCCUUGGGCCCCGGCGUAGGUGCAGGUGCAGCACCCAACCUCCUUCCCACCCCGGCGCAUCCCGCUGGGCGGCCAUGGCGCGAGGAGACGCCCCACAGGACAGCUACCACCUGGUCGGGAUCAGCUUCUUUAUCCUGGGGCUGGGCACUCUCCUUCCCUGGAACUUCUUCAUUACGGCCAUCCCGUACUUCCAGGGGCGGCUGGCAGGGGCCAACACCACCGCCGGGACCCUGGGCACCAACCACACGGGCCCUGCAGACACUUUCAACUUCAACAACUGGGUGACACUGCUGUCCCAGCUGCCCCUGCUGCUCUUCACACUCCUCAACUCCUUCCUGUACCAGUGCAUCCCCGAGACGGUGCGGAUUCUGGGGAGCCUGCUGGUCAUCCUGCUGCUCUUUGCCCUGACGGCAGCGUUGGUCAAGGUGGACAUGAGCCCUGGGCCCUUCUUCUCCAUCACCAUGGCCUCUGUCUGGUUCAUCAACUCCUUCUGUGCAGUUCUGCAGGGCAGCCUCUUCGGGCAGCUGGGCACCAUGCCUUCUACCUACAGCACCCUCUUUCUCAGCGGCCAGGGCCUGGCUGGGAUCUUCGCUGCUCUUGCCAUGCUCAUGUCCAUGGCCAGUGGCGUGGAUGCCCAGACCUCCGCCCUGGGGUACUUCAUCACACCCUGCGUGGGCAUCUUCAUGUCCAUCGUGUGUUACCUGAGCCUGCCCCACCUGGAGUUUGCACGCUACUACCUAGCCAAGAAACCAUUGCAGGAGCAAGGUCAGGAGCUGGAGACCAAAGCUGAGCUCCUCCAGUCUGAUGAGAAGAACAGCAUUCCCAACAGCCCCCAGAAGGUAGCCCUGACUCUGGACCUUGACGCUGAGAAGGAGCCGGAGCCGGAGCCAGAGGAGAUCCAGAAGCCGGGAAAACCUUCAGUUUUCAUUGUCUUCCAAAAGAUCUGGCUGACGGCGCUGUGCCUUGUGCUGGUCUUCACAGUCACCCUGUCCGUCUUCCCCGCUAUCACAGCGAUGGUGACCAGCUCCACCAGUCCUGGGAAGUGGAGUCAGUUCUUCAACCCUAUCUGCUGCUUCCUGCUCUUUAACAUCAUGGACUGGGUGGGACGGAGUCUGACCUCUUACUUCCUGUGGCCCGAUGAGGACAGUCGGCUGCUGCCCCUGCUUGUGUGCCUGCGCGUCCUGUUCGUGCCACUCUUCAUGCUGUGCCACGUGCCUGAGAGGUCCCGGCUGCCCGUCCUCUUCCCGCAGGACGCCUACUUCAUCACUUUCAUGCUGCUCUUCGCGGUUUCCAACGGUUACCUGAUGUCCCUUACCAUGUGCCUGGCGCCCAGGUCUGGGGGGCAGGUGCUGCCGCACGAGAGGGAGGUGGCCGGCACCCUGAUGACCUUCUUCCUGGCCCUGGGGCUCUCCUGUGGAGCUGCCCUCUCCUUCCUCUUCAAGGCGCUGCUCUGAAGGGCUCUGUCCGGGGCUCGCCCACAGCUCUGUCUUCACUACCCCUUCGGAGCUGAGACCCCGUGCAGGGGGAACGGCGAGCCAGGCCCAAGCCUCUGCUGGGCUGGUGCCCCUGGGUCUGGAAGUGCCAGGUGGAGGCAGGCGCUGCUCUCCUUCCCAGCCUGGUGUCCGUCUGGGGCUGCAAGGAAGAAUUCACCAGCGGCCAUUCUAACCCCUGCCCAGCAACGGAGCUGAAACACACAGACAGACUGUUCAGAGGCCCACGAGACCUCCCUGCACAGGUGCCAAUCGGGGAAAAGAGGCCCAAGGACCAUGGCUCUUCCUCCCCAUCAAGAGAACAUUUGUUAAUCUCAAGAGACGCAUUUGCUAAUCCGUGGGGACUGAGGCCACCAGCGAGGGUCUUGCCACAGCUGUGGCUGGUGUGGCCCAGCCUCAGGUUCACAGUGGGAGUGGGGGGCCAGCCCAGGGCAGGGGCUCCCCCGCCAGGCCUCAGCAACUCCACCAUCAGAUGUCUCAGACCCCAGGGCAGAGGAUGCCUGGGAGGCUGAAGGCAGCAGGGAGAAGGAACAGGCAUUAGGGAUCUGAAGGUACUCAAAGGACCCUCCGGGCCUCAAACAGUGUUUGUGCCCUGUCCCCGCUCCCCAGGACCCAGCUGGGCCUGGGUCCCGGAGCCACGGGUGGCCUACAUGCGUGCACCACACUUGACAAUUUGCGAAGCUCUUCUACACCCCUUCUCUCACUGAAGACACUUGAGGGGAGCCAGGCAGGGACUGUGCUGUCCCUUUGUAUGGGCGAGGAAACCGAGUCUCAGGGGGAAAUGACCUGGUCCAUGGCCCAACCGGGACCCAGCCCCCCACCUCCCUCCUCCCUGUAGGUGCUGUUCUUCCUGCCCACUGCCUGCUUCCCCUUCCCUCACGAGGCUCCAGGCAGGAGUCCUAAGCACUUGCUCUGUAUUUUUGCUGUUUUCCUUCCAAACCUGCUCCUGGAUCUAAUAACAACCUUCUUCAUUUGUAUAAUCAA